UACUGAAAUACCUCAAUUUUUUCCUUUUAACUGGCUACCGUUUAUCUUCACUCCUUUGUGAGUUCUUUAUUUAUUUUUUAAUUAAAAUAAUCUCCAGAAAAAUGAGUAAGUUUCCCUCCCCCGACUCAUAAGAGUCAAUUUGAGAAGGGGAAUUUCUAGAGGCAUAGUUGGAGUGCCUUCUUGGUUUUGGGUUGAAGGUUGAGUAGGCAUUUUGGGUCGCCGAUGUCGUGGCCAAUGUGUUUUGAGCGACGUUUAUUGAAGUGUCCGGCUUGGUGGAGUUCUUCUAUUCAUGUGUGAUGCAGGAAAAUGAAUAUGGAAGGCGGAAGGAUUCUUGGUAGCUUGGCUUGUGUGUUAAGGAUGGAUGGAAUGUGUGGACUGCGUGUCGAUCGAGGAUGAAGUUAUUUAUUUUUUUUAGUCUUUUAAAUCAUGUUUUUUUCCGCAUUUAGUUCUGUAAACAAUUUUCUUUAGUUUAAAAUUAUGUUUUAUAUUUUAAACAAUGGGUACCCAUGCAAUAUUUUCUAUUAUUAUGUAUUUGAUACAAUAUUUCAAGAUUUAAUAAAAUUAGUUAUAUUAUUUCUUAUGUAUCUUUCCCAAAAUAGUAGUUAUGUAUAGUAGAUCUAAUGGUCCAAGGUCUUAGGAAUAGUUGGGUCAUUACAGUUGGUAUCAGAGAAACGGUCCAUUAGCAUGAAGUUCUCCUUGAUACACACGCUCAAGCUCCGAAUCUAACCGCCAAUGUAAGUUGUUUAUGUUGUAGUUGUUAUGAUUAUGUGCUUAGUUAAUGUUUUAGCCCUUAUGUUUUCAGUUAAUAAUAUUGGUAAAUUAGUUUAUCUUUUUCGUUAUUUAUUAUCUUUGCAUUUAUGAUUGUACAUAGUGAAUUUUUUUUUCCAAGCUAAUAUCAUGGUUAUUUUGUUAUCAUGUAUGAGUUUGAUUUUUCUUUUGCAAUCAUAAUAAAUAAUAAAUAAAAUAAAUAAUGACUAAGUUCGGUGAGGGUGGAUACAAAUCAAUGAACCAAGUUUCUAUAUUGAGAGUUAGGGGGCCAUAGUAGUGGGAACGAUUUUACUGAUCCCAGCCCUCCCUCAGUAUGGUUAACUUUGGAACAACGAUGAGUUUCGAGCCUGAAAAUUAAGUCAUAUAGGAUAAUUAGAAAUACACUUAGAAAAUAAUAAAGAUGGCUUUUUUUUUUUAAGUUUAGAAACACACCCUAAUUAUAAAGAAGGCUUACAUAAUUUUUUUUUUCAUAAGAAAUCAUAAUUAAUAGGUCUGAGUUAUGUUUUCUUAGAUUAAGUUUUGCCUUAGAGCCUAAUAUGGUAAGUUCUAACAUGUUCUCGACUGUUAGAACUUUUGCUGAAGAUGUCGUUCAGAAGAUCUGCUCGCAACAACGCCAAUGCCUCAAGCGUUGCUCCUGAAACUUAUGAAGCCCCUCCAGUUCGCAGAAGGGGAAGGCAUACAAUCAAUGUUGCUACUAAAGAAAGAGCGCCGCCGUCGCCAAACUGUGACAACAAGUGGAGGAAUUACUGUAGCAACAACGACAGCAGACUCAGACUUAGCCUCCACCUCAGCCGCAACCACAACCUCAGUAGAUGGCUCAAGUACCCCAUCAAGUAGGUCCUUAUGGGGGAUGGCCAAUGGCGAACUAUGCGCCAUACCCAGCUCAACACAUGGAGCUAAUCUAUGAGCGGUUUCGUAAGCAACACGCUCCAAACUUUGAAGGGACAACAGAACCCUUUAAGGCAGAAGAAUGGCUCAGAAAUGUGGAGCCGAUCCUAGCACGUAUGAAUCUCGGCAACGCGAACCGCAUAUCCUGCGUUUCUUCUCUGCUUAAGAAGGAUGCUAGAAUAUGGUGGGACUUAGUUCAGCAGACUAACGAUGUCGCCACCAUGAUAUGGAGAAGAUUUGUGGAGCUGUUCCACAAGAAGUAUUACAACUCGGCAGUCAUCGCUACAAGGGUCGAGGAGUUCGCUAUUUUGAAGCAGGGCAACUUAACGGUAGUAGAAUAUGCUCGGCAGUUUGACAGAUUAGCCAAGUUUGCACCACAGUUGGUUCCGACUGACUUUAUGAGGGUGACCAAGUUCGUUAGAGGACUUAGACCAAAGAUUGAAUUAGGGGUUAAGCUAGCAAACUUGAGAAAUACUACCUAUGCCGAUGUUCUAGAAACGACAAUAGAAGUAGAAAGGCUUCAGGCGAAUGUUAGUAAGGAGAAGGCUAGUAAGCCUGAGCCUAAACAGCAAGGUCAACCUCAGAAUGGUCGAAACAACCACAACAACAGUCGUCAGCAUAACAAUAGUAAUAGUAAUGGUCAGAAGAGAAGGCGUCCUAAUGAUAAGUAGGCCAAUGGUGAUAAAAGAGCACGGACAAACAAUGGAGGCAAUAAGUCGAGUUAUGUAGAAUAUCCGAAUGCUCUAAGGGCCAAAAGAAACAUCUUGGGGAAUGUCAUGCAAACAUCAAGGGAUGCUUCAACUAUGGUUAGGAAAGUCAUCGAAAGAAGGAAUGUCCACAGCUCAAGCAAAAGGAGAAAAGGGAUUAAACGAUGGUUCCAGACCAAAGUCUUUGCCUUGACCCAGGGAGGAGCCAAUGCUAGUAACUAGCAGUUACAGGUCAGAUUCCUAUCCUCGAUAGUAUAUGUUCUAGUAUCGCUUAAUUUGGGUCAUUACACACAUUUGGAUUUUUUUUUUUACAUUUUUCUGAGGCAGUGUUGAACUGAUUUUUCCUUGUGCAUUUUUGCUUGGUUGGGGAGAAAGGGAGUUAUACAAGAAAUUCUGCCUUUACCUACCAAUUUUAUUUGUGGGUAAAAUUGGUGCAUUGGUAGGUCAAUCCCUUUACCUACCAAUUUUGACCAAUAACCUAUUGGUAGGUAAUAGUUAGUCGAGAAAGGUAUAAUUACCUACGAUUAGUAUAUUGGUAGGUAAAAAUCGUGUGGGCCCCACAAAAAAUGAGUCAGCAUCAUUGACCUAGUGUAACGCCCUGGAUAGCCAAGACCAUUACACUGUGUGUUUAUAAAAGUGCUAGACUUUCUAAUCAAGUCAUCUAAUUAAGAACGUGUUACUGAAACUAUAAAGGAACUAGGGUUAAAAUGUUUUGGUUUCAAAAGUCACAUUUCUUAUAAAGAAACAUUUCCUGUUUACAUGGGAUCCCAAAAAAAGUUAAGAUUAAAACCUUUUACAAAAGAUUCAAGAACUAAAUACAGCAUUAGCCAUAUUAAGGCAAAACAAACAAUUAGGCAAUCUCUGUCCUGAUCCACUCCUCGGCCAUGUGAUUAGUGCUCAAAAAUAUCAUUUUAUUAAUCUUAAAGUGUAAAAUUAAUUAAGUUUUAAUUAAUAUUUUCAUGGAUUUAUUGUUAUAUAUUUUAUAUUUGAAAAUAUUAAUUUUAAUUUAAUUUG